GUCUAUUAUAUUUUAGUUCAAUUCCUGUUAUUUUAUUUCAGUGUCAGAAUAACUCUAACUAGGGGUGAUAACCGCGUUUAAACGUUAUACCGGCUUUUUGAGUAUUCAUUAUUUGUAAAAUUAACAUAUUGUCCAAAUUUUUUGGCAGCAUGACAGAAUUGCCAAAACACCAUGAAGGUGUAUCGCCCUUCAAUUCAUAUUAAAACGAAAAAUGAUGUUAAUAACAAUACCAACACGUUUUUGCAUUGCCUUAGUUUGAAUAACAUGGAUCAUAUCGCCUAUUUUAAACAGCAUUUCUUAUUUCAUGAUCUGAAAGAGCCUGGAAACAUAUACUCAAACGUUCAUAUUAAAAAGUGUUUCAGGAAAAUCAAGAACAUCCACAAUCCUCCUCAGAUGUUGUAGUUUCAAAAGUUUCAUCUAUUUUAGAUCAAUGCCGUAUACUGGCAUUUCCCUCCACUUUGUUCUUCGUGGGAGAACGUCUUGUUAACCACACCAUAGCAAACAUCAGUGUGAUUGACAGGGACACGUGUGAAUAUCGUUGCUACGUGGACCACAACUGUGUCAGUGUUAACUUUUAUUUUGGAGAAAACGGAGCAGAAGCACACAACUGUGAACUGAAUAACUCAACGAGUAAAGAACACGAUAAAGAUCUGGUGAAGGCGACGAACUAUGUGUACCAUGGAACAAAAGUAAGGAGACAAUGUCUCUAAGCAAUCGAUUUAAUAUGUUCUAAGUUCUAAGUUCUAAGGGAAAAUUUUACGUUUUUUUAUGGGUUUUUCGUAUUUUUUCACGUGUGUUGAUAGAGCCAAUCAGCCGCUGUAGGUCACUCUCCUUUGGCGCCACUCGGUUUGGUUGAUGAAUGAACGGCAAAGCCUUCACGAUUCUUAAUACAAGCUGUUUGUUGGAGCUUUCUCGAAUUAUGGCGGCUAAAACAUUAAAAUAUCCGUAUCGCUGACAGACAUUGAGGUUCAAACUUUCUUAGAAGGGGAAGAAAACCAAUAUACUAAAAGAAAAACCAAAAGUUACUCAUUCAGGGGCUUUGGUGUUAGCAUUUCUUUCGGCUGAGAAUGAAAAUCGACAGCUGGAAAAUUUGCCGCUGGACGAUUUUGGCCGUUUACCUGAAAGACUUCUUCUGUCGGUAAGGACAAACUCAAUAAAUGAGGAUUUUGUAAAUUAAAAAUUACGACCAUUGUUGUUUUUUAAUCAUGAUUCGAAGCAUUUUUCCAUCUUAAGAGUUAGCGCCAACGCACUCUACGAUUGUUAUUUGGGGAUUGUCGAUUUAUUCAUUUUCAUUCAUUAAUGGAGUCGGCUUUUCUUGUCAUCCCUUCUUCUACUUUAUUAAAUGAUAAAGUGUACCAACGCAUCACGUCAAUAUAAAUAUAAUAAAAUAAUAAAUAAAUAAACAAUAAAUAAACACUAGUUAAAAAAUAUAUAUAUAUGUGAUAAUAGGAAUUUUUUAAAACCAUUUCUCAGUUUCGAUAAGAUGGUCGCGCAGAGCGGCCUCAAAUUUUAAAUUAUCAUCUAUAUUUACAAUGUCACCUGGAAGUCUUCGAUCAUUCCAUUGGUUGGCUGAACACGGAAAAAAGCUGUAUGCAUAUUGAUUGCAAUUUGAAUCAAUAAAGGACUAUUGUGUUUAUAUGAUAAACAAAAUAAUACAUGGUUGCUUGUGGAUAUAUGGAAUUUCUCUUCUCGUGUUCAACUCGACAUCUCACUCGUUCGCUGCCCUCACUCGUGCGCUAUCGGGUUAAACACGAAGAAAAAUUCCAUAUUUACGCACGCCCAUGUAUUAUUCUCUAUUUAUUAAUAUUUUUCAGAAUGCUUGUGGUCGUGCUCACUGCAAUAACAACGCCAUUUGUCAGUCUGGUUUUACAAACAAGGGAUAUCGAUGCUUAUGUUCUGUUGGAUUUACGGGAGCUCAUUGUGAACAAGGUGAGACGGUGAUAUCAGUUUUUUAUCUGUAG